AUGGAUAUAUUACCGAGUGGGAAUAUAUUUCGGGAAUUACAAGUUGUUCAUGAUACUGGAUAUUUUUCUUCGCAACCCUCCCUGGAGGAUCGUUGGCAACAGGUCAGUCAUAUUUAUCAAUCUAAAUUCACAAUCGUGAGCUGGACAAUAUAG